AUGGUAUUCAUUUACUUGUAUUGAAUUAGGGAGCCCAUAAAUCCUUAAGAAUGAAGAAAAGAUUGAUUAAGGCUAACAAACAAAAUAGACCCUUACCAAAUUGGUUCAGAUAUAGAACUGAUAACACAAUUAGGUAUUUGCAUUAUAUAAUUAUAUAGGUAUAAUUCAAAGAGAAGACAUUGGAGAAGAACUAAGCUUAACAUCAAUUGA